AAAAAAAGGUAAAGAGUGCGAGAUGGGGAAGAAAUGCACUGCCACAGUCAUCGUCCUCAUGGUGCUCAUCGGCGCCGUGAUGGUGUUUCUCUGGUUCGGCGCCGGCAAGUACCCAAGGUUGAAGGGCAAGGACUUCUACGUCCCCGCCCUCGAUCGCUCCUCCUCCGUCCCCAGCAACAACAACACGAUCGUGCUCGUCGUCGAGGUGUUCAACCGCAACAUACUCAGCGGCAUCUAUUACGAUGCGGGCGUGAACCUGAGCCUCUACUUCGGCCCGGGGCUCGUCGGCCAGGCGUCGAUUCCGGCGUUCUACCAGCGCAGCCGGAAGCGGGUGCUGAAGCAAGCGGUGCUUUAUGGGAACGGCAGAGCGUGGGAGGCAGCGCUGCAGGAGGACGUGGAAGGGCAGGUGGGGUUCGAGAUGGUGCUGCGGAUGAGGGUCAGGUACAAGGGCGCCCUGUGGAAGAGGCGGACGUAUCGUGCCCAGUACGAUGGAUACGUCCUUGUUGGACGUGAUGGCAGGGGAAGAUGGUAGCUCUCGUUCUAUUCUUUCUUCCCUCAAGGGAGCGGCUGGUUCAAAUCUACACACGCAGUUAUUAGAUCAGGUGAUGUGGAGAAAAUCGAUUUCAGAGUUUGGUUUCCGACUCCUCUGUGCUUGGGAGGUGGAUGGAGAAAGCAACAGAUUCAAUGAAAUUGCACAAGAUUUAUUGCGAUUUUAUUUUACAGAUCAAGUUGAAGCAGCAUGCAUAUCGAAAGUCGAAACCAACUUGGUAGAUGGUGUAAACAGGAAGGUUUCCUUCUCCGUUGGAAGUGAUGAACCAACGGAGAAAGUGAAUCGCAUCCAUAUUUAG